AUGCCGAAGACAUUGGUUCGACUUCUGCUUAUUGUCGCCUGCUUUGCACCAGGAUUACCCUUCGACAAGUACACCACCCACAUAUGGUACAAAAUGGUAGAAAGUCAUUUAUAGUCACGCAAACGUAUUAUUUGUUGUAUUCAACGCUUUUUAGGAAACCCGAACAACUUGACCGUUGACAUGACUCCCUUUGUUAAGAUCAACGGAAGCUACUAUGUAUUUGGACAGUCUAAGGUAAAUUGGCAUCUCGCCUACGAGGACUGCCGCAGGUUGGGUUCCGAACUGGUGGCCUUCGAAACAGCCGAAGAGUUUGACGACAUUGCCGCGCACUUGAAUGCCCGGGGAGAUCGCUCCGAGCACUGGACUUCUGGCAAUGACUUGGCCCGAACCGGCAACUACUAUUGGUUCUCCAAUGUCCAACUCGUGACCAUUAAGCGUUGGGCGCCUAACCAACCGGACAACGCUGGGGGCAUUGAGCAUUGCAUACACAUGGGCUACAUCUACGGACACUCAACGGAGUUCCAACUGAAUGAUCGACCCUGCAACGGCGAUCCGAAUAGCUUGUUUAAGUACAUUUGUGAGGCUCCAAAGCAGGAAACUAUAUCUAUUGUUGUGUGGAAGUAAAGUGUAAAAGGUGUCAAUAAAUGUUGUUCCUAUUAA